AUGAAUUUUGCGUCUCAAAGUCCAGAUUCAAACGGUAGAGCCCCACACGCGCAUUCCCUUUCUUUGAGAAGAAGUAAGCCGUCAGGAGAACCUAAGAAGCCCCGCUGUGCAACGGAAAAAAAGAACUGAUAAGCAGGAGAGAGAGGCUAAUCAAUGUAAAGUUGAAACACGAAAGAUAACUUUGCCUCGAUUUCAUUCACUGGACCCAGUUUGUUUUGUUUUCGUUCAAAUGCAUAUUGAGUGUGGAGCACUGAUUUACUUUUUUCUUCCAUAGUGCUACGGGCUCUGGUCAGCAGUGCUGCUUUAACAGGUUUGGCAACUUAAUAGUGGGCCAACCAGAUGCAGGGUCCCUUGACCGCGUUCAUCCUAAUGCUGGUCUCCCUGUGAUAUCCCAUUUCUUUCAUGAUAAGGCGCUAUGGGAAGACUGCUGCCGCAACUCUGGGAAUUGUGGAAGUACUUUGAGGAGCGGCCUUCAGACGACGGCUCAAGAUAUCAAGCACCGAGACCCGGUAACUGUGAACCACUUAAUAAGUGUUAUGCGACAUGUGGGUGACACGAUAGCUCAUGGCCAUGGGUUGGAGUGGAUAAAAUGUGGUCGCUCAAAUUCACAAUCGAAAACGAAAAAUGUACGAAAAGGCUGA